AUGAGCAAUCAAGGCGGUGCCAUGGGCAUCGGCUCCGAGAGCCACGCACUCGAGCAUGCCACUGUCAUCGAGAUCGAGAAAGACUCACUAGACCGCAAAACGUCCUCCGACCCGAGCGUACGCAUGGAAAAGGGCGACGUCGGUGUCGAAGAAGACGAAGCAGACGAGAAUACCUACGAGUUCACGCACGAAGAACAAUUCCCCAUCGACCCCAAUUACGAAGAAGAGACACAGCAGCUCACAUUCCGGGCUGUCUUCGUCGGCUGCUGUCUUGGCGGUGUGAUUGCGGCGUCGAAUGUGUAUCUUGGUCUGAAGACCGGAUGGACGUUCGGCGCCAGUCUCUUCGGAUCGAUUUUCGGUUUCGCGAUCCUCAAGCCGAUGUCGCGAGCAUUGCCUACUUGGUGUGGUGGAGGAUAUUUCGGACCCAAGGAGAACGUAUGCGUGCAGAGCGCAGCCACAGCGGCCGGGUCUCUCGGCCUGAUCUUCACCUCCGGCAUACCAGCAGCCUACCAGCUAGGUCUUCUCAACACGCCCAAAGAAGAUUUCGGCAAGCUGUGCACCUUCACUCUAGCCUGUGCCUACUACGGCAUGUUCUUCGCCAUCCCACUACGCAAACUAUACAUCCUAAAGCAAAAGUUGGCUUUCCCGUCGGCAGUAGCGGCAGCAUAUACCAUCCGCUCCUUACACACAGGUAAGAACGCGGAGGCCAAUGCUAAGAAGAAGACUCGUACUCUGAUCGUCGCUUUCUCGGUCGCUAUCAUCUGGCGCUGCGUCAGCGAGUACGCUCCCGGUCUGUUGUGGGACUGGCACUGGGGCUGGACACUCUACAGUAUAGGAUGGAAGUCGGCGGUGAGAGUCGAGAACUGGUCCUGGAUUUUCGAGUUUACCCCAGCCUUCAUCGGCGUAGGCUUCCUCGCCGGCUGCAAUGCCUCUUAUUCCUUCUUCGGCGGCUCAAUCUUGGCAUGGGGGAUUGUUGGUCCAUCUCUAGUAGCGACCGGAAGGGCAUUUGGUACAGCCGUAGCUCCCGAGCAGUUUCCUGGCUACAUGAACUACAUGAGCAUGGUGCUGGACGAUCCCGUCAACAAGCCUUCGCCAAGAUACUGGCUCGUGUGGCCCGGAACGAUGUUGCUUCUAGCUGGUGCAUUUGCCGAAGUAGCAGCUCAGUGGCGACCCAUCACUGCCAGUAUGAUCCAGCUUACUGAACCGAUCUGGAGGAAGAUCCGAAAGGGCGGUCUCAAGUACGACGAAGAUGCUGUAAUUGAGGAGCCGUGCUCUAAAGACGAGCUGGUGCCAACUUGGAUGUGGGCUGGUGGCAUCGUGUUGUCCAUCAUCUUCACAUGCAUCAUCAUGGCCGUCCAAUGGAAGCAGAGCGUUGGCGUGACAAUCCUGGCAAUCGUUUUCGCCUUCCUCUUCUCCUUCAUCGGCGCCGAGUCGACUGGCAGGACGAAUAUCACGCCCGUUACAUCGAUUGGUAACGCCUCGCAGCUGGUCAUUGGCGGCGCUACUCACGGGCAUGGCACCAUCGCCAAUCAGCAGAUCUUGAACAUCACUGGCGGACUACUGGCUCUCGGUGCCUCAGAGCAAUCGGCAGAUAUGUUGGGUGAUCUCAAGACGACUCACCUGCUGCGUGCUUCGCCAAGAGUACAAUUCUAUGCGCAAUGCUGCGGAGCUAUCGUCUCGGUCUUCAUGUCGGUGGCCAUGUACGUCCUCUUCAGCGAAGCCUACCCAUGCAUCAACGACAUCACGAUCGAAAAAUGCAGCUUCGGCAUCCCAGACGUCGGAGCAUAUCGCGCCAUCGCCGUCGCCGUCACUAGCACCUCGCUUCCUGUGCCAACCUCCAGCGGGAUUUUCUCCAUCGUCAUCUUGGUCUGGUGUUUCGUCCAGACAUUCCUGAAGUACCGUUUCGUGCCUGCCAAAUACCACAUCUAUGUGCCGAAUUUGGUGGGCAUGGGGAUCGCGUUCAUUUUGAAUACGACUACUUACCCGACUGCCAUGGCUACCGGAGCGACGAUUGCGUAUUUCUGGAAGAGAAAUUAUCCGGCGGCUUUUGGGAUGUAUUGUUAUGCGACAGCAGCCGGUAUGAUCGCCGGCGAAGGGCUUGGCGGUAUUGUUGGAGCAAUUCUGCAGGUGGCUCAUGUGUCCGGGAACUACUAUGGCACUGCUAUCGGAUGCCCAGCUAUGGAGUACUGUGGUUGA